AACAAAUGAUAUUUUAGUAACUGAUUCACUGCUGAAUAAAAGGAGUUUACUUCCUGUAGCAGAUUUGUAAGAAAUUCCAAAGAGAAAAGCUCAUAAUGAUGAUGUAGCAGUAGAAUGGAAAUUGGUCUUCGAGCGGUGAGAGGUCCAGACUGGAAGUGGGGUAACCAGGACGAUGGUGAGGGACAUGUGGGCACAGUUGUGGAGAUCGGUAAACCAGGUAGCACCACAUCACCGGACAAGACGGUUGUGAUACAAUGGGACUCUGGGUCCAGAACCAACUACCGUGUUGGAUACCAAGGGGCAUAUGAUCUGAGGAUAUUCGACAAUGCUGCUAUAGGUAUAAAACAUCAGAACAUAAUCUGUGAUGGGUGUAAGAAUCAAGGAAUUCAAGGGAUGCGCUGGAAAUGUACCAAAUGCCACGACUUUGAUCUCUGUACACUGUGUUAUAUGGAAGAUAAACAUGAUCUUGCUCACUCCUUCCAACGCUUUGAUACGGCCUCCUCUAAAGGCGUCAAAGUUCCAAAGAGAAGAGAUAGCACUAAAAUACAGUCAAUGGGAAAUUUUGCUGGUGCCCGUGUUGUUAGAGGCCCUGACUGGGACUGGGGGAACCAGGACGGAGGUGAAGGUAAAGUUGGAAAAGUUACUGAUGUCAGAGGUUGGGACUCGGAGUCGGGUCGAAGUGUAGCGGCAGUAACAUGGUCGUCUGGCUCAACAAAUGUGUACAGGGUGGGACACAAAGGAAAAGUUGAUCUGAAAUAUGUACAGGCAGCUAGUGGUGGAUUUUACUACAGAGAUCACCUACCAGUAUUAGGUGAGUUUCCGGAACUAAUGACGAACACAGGAAUAACAAACCAGUUCAAGGUCGGUGACAAAGUUUGUGUUGACCUUGAACCCGACAUUCUGAGAAUGAUGCAGGAAGGACAUGGAGGUUGGAAUCCCAGAAUGGGAGAGUAUAUAGGUAAGGCUGGAAAAGUCCAUCGUAUAACAGAAAGAGGGGAUGUCAGGGUACAGUAUGAGGGUUGUGCUAACAGAUGGACGUUCCAUCCAGGUGCUCUUAAAAAGGUACAGACAUUGUCUGUUGGAGAUAUAGUGAAAGUAUCAGACAAUAUACAUGCUGUGAAGGAUUUACAGAAAAAUCACGGGGAGUGGAACGAAUCAAUGAAAACUACUUUAGGAAAAACUGGUCGAGUAUUAAAAAUUUAUGCUGAUGGGGACCUGCGAGUUGCUGUUGGUAACCAGACAUGGACGUUCAAUCCGAUGUGUGUUAGUCAGGUACCAGCCAGUGUAAUCACAGAUCUGAACAACACUAUGGGACAUAACGAGAGAGAGGACUUACAAACUUCAUUAACAACUCUACUAGAUCAGCUUGUAGAAUUACAUCAGACAGAGACAGGUCCCGAUAGAUUGGUAAGAGAGGCUGCACAAGGUCAUACUGAUGUGGUCAAAGAUAUCAUCAGCAAGUUCCAAGAUAAGGUAGAUCAGAAGAGUUCAGGUAAAACAGCGUUACAGGUGGCCAGUCAUCAAGGUCAUAAAGAGAUAGUACAAUUACUGCUUGCUGCAGGAGCUAACAUUGAACUACAAGAUGAAGAUGGAGAUACUGCCUUACAUUAUUCUUCCUUUGGGAACCAGGCAGAUGUAAUGGAACUGCUGCUCCAGAAAGGGGCCAACAUUAAUGCCCUCAACAAUGGGGAAUGUAGUACCCUCCAUGUUGCUGUAAAUAAACAACAUCUAGACUGUGUCCGUGUACUGCUGAAACGUAGAGCUGAUGUAAACAUACAGGAUGCAUAUGGCGACACAGCUCUACAUGAUGCUAUUGGUAAAGACAAUCUAGAUAUACUGGAUCAACUAGUCAAUUAUCCUGGUAUUGACUUUACUCUACGAAACAAACGCGGUUUCAACGUCCUUCACCAUGCUGCUUUAAAGGGAAAUAACUAUGCCACAGAGAAAAUUUUACAAAAGUGUCGACAGAUUGUUGAUAUGAAGAAAGACGAUGGAUUUGCUCCCUUACAUUUAGCUGCCUUAAACGGACAUCGAGAUGUCACUAAUACACUGCUUGUUACUGGUCAGGCUAAUAUAGAAAUCAGAAACAACCGACAGCAGACGCCAUUACUGUUGGCAGUGAGCCAGGGACAUACGGGGCUUAUAGAGUUACUGGUAUCAAAGGGAGCGGAUGUGAACGUAGAUGACGAGGAUGGCGACACAUGUUUACAUCUAGGACUGAUGAGACAGAGCGUGUCCACAGAAAGAGAGGAUAGUCCAAUGCUUGAAUCAAUUCGGAUGCAGUUAGGUAUGUCAGAAGGAGAAGACACUGUUGGCACGGCGAUUGCCUGCUACCUAGCUCAGCAAGGCGCGAACCUCAACCAUAAGAAUCAUGCUGGGAAAACACCACUAGACCUCAUCAGUGAUCCUAAACUGGAGGAGGUGGUUAAACAGUUUGCUACGGCAAACAGACGUCAGGAGCUGCUGUCUAGUAGUGGUCGUGAUCAGUUGUGUGAGGUUUGCUCGGAACAGCGGGCCUGUAUAAUGUUCCAGCCAUGUCAGCACAUCGUCUCGUGCUUGGAAUGUUGUAUCAGGAUGAAAAAAUGUAUAGAGUGUAAAAUGCCUAUAACUGCCAAAAUUGACGAAAAUGGAAAACCUAUAUUUGGUCAAGACCUCUCAGCUUCAACUAGUAAAGACCCGCAGAAUUCAACACUUCAGCGUAAACUUAACGAAAUGGAAGAGAAUAUAUUAUGCUCCAUUUGUAUGGAACGAAAAAGAAACAUGGCAUUUUUGUGUGGACACACAGUGUGUAGUACAUGUGGCGAUGAAUUACGUAUUUGCCAUAUGUGUAGAAAACCUAUAACGAAAAAGAUCAAUUUGUACUCAUAGAUUUGUUUGUGAUGUCCCUGCUAUAUUCAGACGAACUUAAAUCAUGUUACUGAAAAAUUGAGGUGUGGCUUUUUAAAGGCUUUUUUUUUGCGGGAGUGGAUAGAUUUUUAGCUUAGACUUUUGAAGUAUAUUGAAGUGAUCUAUUUAAACCAGUGGGAGUAUGUUAACAUGAGUAACUGGUUCACUGUGUGCCCAUGAAAAACAUGUGCUGUAAAAUUAUUUAGUUUAUUGGGCAUUAAAUUUUGUGAAUUCAGCAAAAAUGACAUUUUCAUGGGAACAUGAAUUUGUGAAUUUUAAAAGAUAAGGAUGCAGAAAAAUGGGAUUUUAAUAAUUUUCGUGAAUUGAUGCAGCCUCGAAAUCACGACAGUUAGUCCGCCACAAAUACUAAUGAUUUUACAGUAAUAAUGUUUUGAUAUGCAUGAUUGUGUUGAUUUACUUCAUGUGCAGUUUAUUAUUUCGAAGAGUUAUAAGUUACAGUAUAUGCACAUUGAACUUGUCAGAAGUGCUGAGAUUUGAGUAUUUAGGAUGAUAGUUUGACCAUUAUUGGUAUUUUUGGGAAAUCUAAAAUAGAAUAAAUGAGAUAUGAUAACAGGGUGAACAGCAGUUUACUGUCCUUUCGCACAUAUUCGUAUGCCUUAAACUGUCUGUUCCAUUUUGCUAUAGAUCCAAGUUAUCAUCUUGGAUCUAUACUAUUGAAAUUUUGCCAGUACAGUGUUUUCAAAGAUUAGUGAGAAGGGUGAGAAACAAAAAUGAACUGGUAGACUAACUAAAAUCUGAAAAUAUUUUACCAAUAGCCCAAUGCAAUCCAGUAACAAUAUUCACUAAAGGUUACUAUAUACAGUACUUCAAGAUGUUUACUAUUAUUGGUUGGAUUGGAUUAUUGUACAAGGAUAUAUGUUCCAAAUUGGAAUCAUCAGUAGAUUUACAUGUUUUGUGUCAUAAGAUGAACUACUUUAGGGUAAAAGACAAAAAGGAUGCAAGCUUUGUAGCAUUUGAAUUAAAAACCUCUUGGUUAUGUGCCCGACAAUAUAUUCAAAAUAUAUAGAUUACCAUUCCCUUUAGUAUAUUUCAUAAAUCAUGGUCAGUACUUUUUAUUUACAGAUGCAAAAUCUUAUUAUAUAUGAUGGGAGAAACGAAAUAUAUAUUUAACAUUGAUUAGUUCAUUUUCAGCCGGCUGUAUACAGAAAAAGGGGUCUCCAUGAUCAGAUGUCCAAGGUUGCAGACUUCAGAUCACAAGAUUUUUACUUCUGUUAGUUCAAGCCCUAGUCAAGUCAUCAUAGUAGGAAGUUAUAAAGCAGGAUUACGAAAGGUUGGUGGUUCUACCGAGGUACUCGCCCAUGCUGAAAAUAAUAGCAGAAAGGGGAGUGCACCUUGGGUUCUGGGCUUUCAAUGGGAUAGAUUGUCCUGCAUGUAACAGAAUUUUGCAUUUCCAUAGGGGUUGAAUUGUCCCACAUGUAAUAGAAUUUUGCAUUUGAGGCAGGUAGACUUGUCCUGCAUGUAAUGUAGUUGCGCAUUUGAGUGAAAUAGUGUUUUCCUACAUGUAAAAGAAUUGCCUUUUUUGUAGGUGUAGAGUUUUGUAAUAAAAUAGCACAUUUAAGUAGUGUAGAGGUGUGCUAUACAUAAGUCAGUAUAGGUUGACGAGGCACACAAGAAAAAAAGUAGGAAUGUUUGUAUGUUAGAAAAAAACUUAACUUUCCAGCUGUACUUACUGUUUCAUUGUCCAUGCAGUGUGUUAUAAUUGAAAUUGUCUCAGUAACCCAUCUUUGUUACUAUGAACUGGCACAAGUUUCUACAAUAUUUAUUAUGUUCAAUUUGUGUUGGUGUGUUUGUGCUAAAUUAACUCAUAUAUUUGUAUGUUUGGUGAAUAAUGUGUUAAAUUAACUUAUAUAUCACAACUUUGUGCUACAAUUGUUUGUUAGAAAAUAAUCUGUGAUAAGUUAUUGUUUAUGAAAUUCUGUAAAUCAGCUUUGAUUGUAUUUUUACUGUGUGUUACCAAAUUUUUCUGUUGUUUAUAACAUUGAUCCAUCUAGAAUAUGGGGUUCCUGCUUUGAGUGUUGUCAUUGAUAAUAUAUAGGCUAGUUACUGCAUGUACAUUAAAUUUGUAAAAUAAAAAUUCAUACAGUUUCUCAUUAUGUUUAUAUGGCUUCAAUAAUCAAGUCGGAUCAAAUGUUUUGCUGUCAAAAUCAUAUACAUAUGUACAUUAGUCAUUAAAUUUAUAUUGAGAAAUAUAUUCAAGUUCUGCAGUCAAGUUGCUGCGCAAAAUUUACAUGCCUAAUAUUACUUCUUUAUGUAAGAACAAGUGCAAGGGCCUCCCCUGCCCGAGUGGUUAAGGUAGCUGAUCUUAAAUCACUUGCCCUUCACUGAUAUGGGUUUGAAACCUUGCUUUGGGGGUCUUCCUCCACCAUUAAAAGCUGGAAAGUCAAGAUAUGAUUUAUAAUUGUGUCAGUGCGGUGUUAAACCCAACAAAAGCAAAACAAAAAAAACCUUGCUUUGGGUGUAAAAUUCUUCAUGUGAGGAAGCCAUCCAGCCGAGUGUAGAAGGUCAGUGGUUCUGUCAAGAUCCUUGAUGAACUGGGGUCCUCCUUCAUCAUCAAAAGCGAAAAAGUUGCCAUAUUACCUAAAUUGUGUUGGUGUGUCACUAAACCCAACCAAAACAAAACAAAACAAAAUGGAGAAAAAUAACAAGAGCAUAUUUUUCAGCACAAAGCUAAUAACCUUUUUUGUUUUAUGACAUAUGCAUUUACAGUGAGUGAAUGAUGAGUAGCUGAAUAAUGUUACACACAAAGUAUCAAGUCUUAUACAUCAUUAUGGAUAAAGCACUGAUGUCAUUGUUAGUAAAAGACUGAAAAUGGGUAUGCUACAAGUUGUUUUAUUUAUCUAUAUACCACACGAAAAAGGUGUAUAGGUGAUAACAGUAACAUUUAGACAUACAUACUCAACUAGCCUGUAUAAAUGAGCCUUAUGGCUAAAACAAGACAUUUUUACAGUCACUGUGGUACGUAUACCGGGUAUAUGAUGGAAUGUGACAUCAAUGAAAUUUCUUUGAAGUUUAACCCUUACCAUGCUGGACACGAUUGAUUCUGCCUUUGCGACCAGUGUAGAUCUUGAUCAGUCUGAUCAAGAUCUGCACUGUUCGCUAUUCAGUCAGAAUAGUUUGCUGAAUAGCGAACAGUGCAGAUCAUGUUAAGACUGCAUGGAUGUGCAGGCUGAUCAUGAUCCACAUUGGUCGCAAAGGCAGAAUUAAUCGUGUCGAGCAUGAUAAGGGUUUAAGUCUAAAUGGUUUUGAAAGUGCAGUCAGAGGGAGGGGGAGCGGUGGGGGCAUCAUGAUGAAAUAUAUCAAAUAAAACAUUUCGACACUCUUCUUAUGAACUGCUUGAUAGAUGUUCAUCAAACUUGGCAAGCAGUGCGUGGUUUUACAUUAGGUUAGCAACUUAAGGCCGUGACCUUCUUGUUUAUCUUUUCCAUAUUCUCUGAAUGUUGUUACAAUGCAGUAUGUACACGAUAACAGUAUACCGGCCUUAUAUAUUUCCUGUCCGUGUAUAAUUUUUCAGCAUGCUCAUUUUAAGACAGGUCUGUUGCCUGUGUAAUAUCGGUUUGGGGUCAGUGUGGCCUUUUAUUUCUCAUAAUGUGCCAGUGUUACUGCACCACAGAUUGAUAAUAGAAAUAUCAAUGCUACAGAAAUUGUUUUCAAGGAUGUUCUGGUGUCUGUAGUUAAGAGAAUAAUUAUGUAUUUUAUUGCAGUUUGUUUCAUUGAAAAGUGAUCACAUAAUAGAAUUGUCAAUAAACAUGUUUUCGCAUUAGCAUUAUGAAGGAUUUUCAAUUUUUGCAGUCAGACAAAUAUUGGACAUGCUGCAAAUCAAAUAUGGAAACAGGUUUUUGAACUUGCCAGUAUAAGAUUUGUUUAUAUAUCAGAAUUUGCAUAGAAAAUGUCUGCUAAAGCAUAGUUGCAUUUUGAAUAUUUGUCAAAGUGCUGACAGAGUUUCAGAAGUACUAUUAACCCUUACCCUGCUCAAUUUCUAUAAUGGAAGUUGCCCAUCUUUCAGUUUGAACAGUACCAUAAACUGUUAAAAGGGGUGCUUACCAAAAAGAUACUGAAUGGCAGACAGUGCAGGCCAUGAUCAGACUGCCCGGAUUUGCAGGCUGAUUUUGGUCUACACUGGUCGCAAAGGCAGAAUCACUUGCCGCCAGCAGGCUAAGGGUUAAAAUAGUUUUUUUGUGUUUUAUAGAAACAUUACAAAUUGUCAUACAUAUUUUAUAGGUAUUUGCAUGUACAGAUUUCUUUGAAAUAAAAUUUGUUUACACUA